CGUGUGCGCAAUAAACGUGUACGUUACACGGAUUCUUUGUAUCAUUCCUAACAUACCUUUGAAUGUGGACAUUUUGGUCAAUAUUUCAAUAACAAACAAAAUCUGAGUCAAACAAACCUCUUGGAUACAUAGCUAAGACCUAACUUCCGGGCGGUGUUGACUUACGGAUUUUGUCCACAUGUUAGUUUCGAUUGUUUACAAAAAUAAAAGUUAUUGGGUGGCUUCGAUAAGCAUUUAAAUGGAUUAUUUUUGUGUCUGGAUUAUGUACGCAACGUUCAGGGCUUCGGUGACCCAGUUUGCGAAGUUAUGCCCAGCCAAAAAGCAAGUUUCGUAUUUCGGUUGGAACAAACGGGAUUUUCCCGUUUGUUCCCCAUAUCAUGUCCUCGCCGUCAUGGGGGAACCUUGAGCCAUCCAACAUCGCAAACAACAACAACAACGGGAUCUCAAAGUCUGAGGCAGAAUACCUGCAGAAGUCCUGGGGUAACAUGGACGGCCCUCCAUCGGUCCCAAAUGGUCCCUCUGUCCCCGCACCGCCCAAAUCUGAAAACGAUGAUGACCUGAAUGACGAAGAACUUGGAAAUGAUGCAGAGGGGGUUUGGAGUCCGGAUAUCGAACAAAGUUUCCAAGAAGCACUUGCAAUUUAUCCACCAUGUGGACGCAGAAAAAUAAUUCUCUCAGAUGAAGGAAAAAUGUACGGUCGAAAUGAGCUUAUUGCACGAUACAUCAAAUUACGAACGGGGAAAACGCGCUCAAGAAAACAGGUGUCUAGUCAUAUACAGGUCCUGGCAAGACGGAAAACAAAAGAAGUUCAAGCCACAUUUAAAGAAAAUUUCUCCAGCUUUCAAGACCAAGCGGCGAAAGAUAAAGCUCUUCAAAGUAUGGCGGCCAUGUCCUCCGCUCAGAUUGUGUCCGCUAGUGCCAUACAUAGUAAGGCGGUCGGGUUGCCGGGGUUACCGCCCGGCUUCCACUCCGUACGACCCGGUUAUCCGGGCGCGCCAUCCAAUUUCUGGCAGCAUCCAAACUCAGUUGGAGAUGUGAAGCCCCCCUAUGGAGCUCCGGGCUACAGUAUCGACACUAAGCCUCCAACAUCCAUGGGCGGGGAAAUGCAUCCCUCAUGGCAUGGGCGCAGUAUAGCAGGCCCUAAAUUACGUCUCGUAGAGUUCUCCGCAUACAUCGAUCAACAGCGCGAGAGCGACCAGUACCACAAGCACCUCUUUGUACAUAUUAGCUCCAGCACGUCCUAUUCAGAUCCUCUACUGGAGUCUGUGGACAUGCAACAAAUCUAUGACAAGUUUCCGGAGAAGAAGGGAGGGUUAAAGGAGCUGCAUGCGAAAGGCCCACAGUCAGCAUUCUUCCUCGUUAAAUUCUGGGCUGAUAUCAACACAAAUGUGCAAGAUGAGACGGGGGCCUUCUAUGGAGUUAACAGUCAAUAUGAGUCCAAUGAAAACAUUACAAUUGUUUGUUCAACUAAAGUGUGUUCAUUUGGAAAACAGGUUGUGGAAAAAGUGGAGACGGAAUAUGCACGGUUUGAGAACGGUCGCUUUGUCUACCGUAUCAAUCGGUCUCCUAUGUGCGAGUACAUGAUCAACUUCAUACACAAGUUGAAGCACCUGCCAGAGAAGUACAUGAUGAACAGUGUGCUGGAAAACUUUACCAUUCUCCAGGUUGUAAGUAACCGUGAUACACAGGAAACUUUGUUGUGUGUAGCCUACGUGUUUGAGGUGUCGUCAAGUGAACACGGGGCACAGCAUCACAUCUACAAACUCGUGAAAGACUGAGACUGGUUACAUUGACGUUCUGUAAAACGCCUCAACGCUGAAAACCAAAUCACACAUGUGCUGAUUAUUGUAUAAAUUAUGAACAUCCGAAGUUCGAGAUACCCCAUUUUAAUGCUGCAGAUACUUCAUAAAAUUCAAAUUUUGUAUGCAAAUACAAUAUAAUUUCUGGUUUUAUGAAAGAAGAGCCUUUUCAGGAGUUCAAAACUGAAUUGUUUUGCUGUUCUGGCUACCACCUUACAGCUUUCAUGAGCAAUAUAAACCAAAUGUUUGUCAUUAUGUCGAAAGCAGUGAUCGUAUAUAAGAAAAAUAAUCUAGGUCUAAAAAAAAUGAAGCUAACAAUUCAUGUCUCCUAAUAUAUGUGAUGUAAGCACUGAAAAGAACGGAAUACAUUUGAUCUUAAAAAACGCAAAUCUUGUUGUUCAAACUGCUUGACAAAGGUGAAGUGAAGUUUUGAGUUGAUUUAGGGGUAGUGUUACUCUGCAACUAGACUUCAUUGGCUUUCAUGUGGUGCAAGAAAUACAGAAGUGAGCUAGAAUGGAGUCCCGAGAUUUUCUCGGUGUGGACUCGAUGAAUGUUGGGGGAAGUAACUCACUUGUACGGGAAAUGAUUAACAAGUGAUAUAGACAGUUGUUAUGUAGUCAUCAAAGUUUAAUUUUUGAAAUAUUUGUAAUUAACUUGGCGGAUAAACCGGUGUCUUUGAAAGGUUGCCUUGCAAGAGAGCUGGAGGGAAUUACAAAGUUUGUUGUUGGAGAGAGAACUAUGACUUAUGCAAAACCUGGAAUUCAAAUAUGAUUGUGCUUCCAUAUACAUUUGUUUAGGUAGAAAUAUUACUUAAACCACCCACAAUGUGCAUGUUUUUUUUUAAACCACAAAUCAGAUAUUUUGUUUUUUUGUGUGAUUAGCUAUACAUCAUAAUUAUCUGCCCUGUUAAAUGAAAACAACAACAUGAUGUUGUUUUCAGUUUCUACCUUCUGUGGUUUAAAAAAAUAAAAUAAUAGUAAAAAUAAUACUAAAAAUGAGUGUCAUUCUGGGAAAACUUGGCUUAAUACCGGUGUGUAGUAUUGUCCCAGAUUAGCCUGUGCAGACUGCACAGGCUAAUUUGGGACGACACUUUACGCUCAUGUGUUAAACACUGUUUUCCAAGGGCGCGACUCAUUUACAAUAGUAAUAAUUGUGCUUAUUCGAGUUGACACUUCAUGCACAGUGAUUCAAAUGAUGAUGAUGUUAUGUUUAUAUUUGUAUGAUCUCAAAUCUAGCUGUCCUAUGCAAGGAUGGUAGAGUAUGAGAGUUGGUCAAACAGUUCCAGUAACAAACAAAGCCUAAAUGCAGGCCAUCCGUCUUGCUUGUAUCUUCCAUUAUUUCAUUUUCAAAAUGACGGUGUCAUGAAUGUCAUGCAUAAUUAUUUUCAUUCUUUUGAUGCUCAUACAAUUCAGGUGUUAUUUCUGUGAAAGCAGCUCAAUACAAUUAUUUGUUGAUGCCCAACUUUGUUAAUGCCCAAACUUGGAAAUAUACUCUGUCAAAUGUUCUCAAAAUUUCGCUUUAGUUGAGGAUUUUUGUAUAGGUAAGUGGGAUAUCUGUAUUUGUAUUAACCCUUUCAGUGUGGGAACCGAAAUUUGAAAGCCUUUGCAAACAGAUUAGAUCCAGAUGAGACGCCACAGAAUGUGGCUUAUCAUCAGGAUCCAAACUGUUUGAUAUUCUGAUAGUAUUCUUUGAAAAAAAUCGAAGAAAAUGCUAAUUUUAGAAAUUCAGCAGACAACAUUUUAGCAGACGAAAAAUUUCCCAGCAUGCAAAGGGUUAUGUUUGGUGCAUUUUUUAUUGGAACGUUUAACCAACUCUGAUAUUGAUUCCCUUACUGUAUUGAUAACCAUGUUGUUAGUUCAUGAUUAUGUAACAACCAUUGUUUAAUGAAAAUGUUUGUAUUUUUACAAUUCAAUGGUCUAUAUUUUCAAAUAGUCAUUUUGGUGUUUUAUGUUAUUAUAACACUUUUAUUACAAGCAAUAUGUUAUCUGUUAUGUUUUUCUACUUAACACAUUAAUUGUAAUGAAUUCUUUAUUAAUGUUGCCUUUAUAAUGUUAUAUUUUUAACUAUGAACUUAUUUUAUUCAUUGGAUUUGAUAAAUUAGGACCUACUACUAGUUGAAUUCUAUUUCUUCUAAAUUACAACCAUUUUUUUCUUAUUGACUAAAUAUGAAAUGAAUUAGAUCUUAGAUUAAACCUGUUUGGGUGGUGUUAGUAUAUUUUGUUGGUUUUGCUUUAACAUUGAAUUUCCUCAUUUUUGAUUGAUGCUUAGUUUUACUCACUAAAGUUUGCUUUGAAGUUAACUGCUUCACAUACUAACUAUUGUACAUAGUGUAAUAUAAAAAUAAAGUGCUAUUUUUCUGCAGUUUGUGCGCAUGCUUAUAGAGUAUUUACAUAUGGAGUGUCCCACCUUUAUGAACCUGUGUUUAUUUGAUAACAAAAUCCACCAAGACAAAUUGUAGAUGGUUCCAAGUAACAAUCACUUGAUAAUUUUGCCCGCAAUUGCGGAACUUAUAAAAGGAAUUUUCCAUUUCAGAAUCAUAGAUCAUUGGAUUUGUAAAAUUCUAUAAUUUUGUAAUGGAUUAAGACUCCUUUUAUGAUGUUCUGGAUUAAUGUAAGAUUAAGAAGUUAAAUUUCUCAGAUAUAUGUCUUUGCCAUGUAUUUUGAUAAAAUAUGCGAACUAUUGCAUGAUCACUGAAACUGAUAAAGAUUAUGUUGUAUGAAGACGUAUUUAUGCAGGAAAAAGCCAUAUCUUUUUCUGUAUAUUCUCUACCUUGGACCUUUUAAUAGCUAGUCUUUUACUCAACUGUUGUCUUUAUUAUGUUUUUAUUUUACUCAAGUCUGCUGAAAAUAAAACAGGUUGUGAACAUGUGAAGGCAGUUUGUUUUUCGAGUUUGUUGUUGUUAUUUUUUAUCUUCAUCUGUUUUAUACUAUCUGAUAGAAAACAUUUUACAUGCAUUCUUAUGAAUUGAAAAAGAUAUUCUUUGCUAAUAAUUUUUAUUUUGUCAUAAUGACAUUAUAUAGGAGAAUAUGAAUUUCUCAUCUUUACUUAGUUUUUUGAAAAUGGUUUUACAAAGGUAACAUACUUAAUAUUGUUCUUUUAAUUACAUGUAUGUGAAUAUGAUAGAAAGGCUAAGUAUCACACACUGUAAGUUUUUAACACAAGUACAUAAUUUGUCAGAUGAACUUUAAAUGUAUGGAAUGAAAAAAAAUUCCAGACCUAAGAUACCGAUGAGCAGUAAACAGCAUAAAACCUGAAUAUAUUGUGUUACUUUAAGGCUGUUCUGGUUUUAUGCUGGUUGCAUAUAGCCAUUUCAUCUUUGCUUCUUAGUGGGAUAGGGAUACCACUUCUCCAUUUUAUCAUUUUUAAUCUCCCUAAGAAUCUAAAAGUUAUUUGUUGUUACGUACACAAUUACGGUUACCAAGCUCAUAAUAAGGUCCAUUUGACUAAAAAAUAGAGUGGUGUGAGGCAAAGAAAAGUUCCUUAUGUGCUUUAAGUUCAGUUAAAAAAUAUGAAAUAUAUGUAACUCUUAAAUUCUUUGUUUGUAAAAUAGUGGACUACAAUACAGUUUUUAAAGCUGAAGAUUUUGAUAAACAAUUUUCCUUAUUUGUUGUAUUUAAUAUGUUUCUUAUCCUAGUUAUUCUUUUGUUAAAUAACAUUUCAUACAUUUUAUAUAAUGUAUCUGUAUUUAUAAAAAGUUAAUGAUAAUUUUUAACUUUAUUUAGACACUUUUGUUAUACAUUAUACCUUUAUUGUUCAUGGAAGUAUAACCAUACAUUUGGAACUUUACCUGAUAUGUCAAUAUACCAUAUUUGUAAAAAUUAAAAUUAUCCAUUGUAAUUCUUUGAGAGUACACAUAUGUAUCUAUAUUAAACAUCAUAGAAUUGUUACCAGUACAUUUGUAUAAUUUUAUACAUUUUUUCUGUUUAUAUUUUAUAGCUGCUUCUUACUUACUGCUUCUGUGACUGAAUAGUAGUGCAAAUACUUGUAAAAUGACCUUUAUAGGGUGAUACAAGCAUGACAUUUUCUUAACCUGAGCAAGAAAAUAAUGUUUUUUUAUUAUGCAUAAUUAUUUACUGAACAAGUUUUGUCUUUACCUGGUUGGUGGUAAUGCUAAGAUAAACAACGAAUAUAUGCAUUUGAAAUUUUUAUAUUUUCCAACAGUGUGAUUUUAAUUUCAUUUGUUUUUCAAUGUUCAACAUAAAUGGAAACCCUUUGGUUUGUGUUUACGGACUUGUUUGAAUUGUGAGUUCUCUCAUUCAAUGAAAACUGGUAAUGAACUGAAGUGACAAAAUAAUUUGAGCUGCAAUUUUGGAAAAUAGGGUUUAAAACAUAUGCAUAGUGUCUUCCAAAGUUAUUCUUAGCAGCCUGCACAGGCUUUUCAGGGACAACACUUUCUGCCUAAACUGAAGAUAGGUUUAAAAGAGUAUUCAGUUAGAAACAAAAUUUUAUUUAAGCUGAAAGCGACGUCCCUGGUCGCCUAAACUGAAGUUACGUUUAAAAGAGAAUUUUGUUAAAAACAAAAUUUCACGUAAGCUAAAAGCGACGUCCCUGAUUAGCCUGUGCAGACUGCACAGGCUAAUCUGGGAUGAUACUGUAUGCACAUUCAUUACGUCAUGGUUUUCCUAUAGCCUGACUCAUUUAUAUUUGAGACUAAAUGUUCAGCAUUCAGGUAUCAUUUUAUAUGUAUUCCCAUGUGUAUAUUUAAGGAAUUAUCCUGGCGUAAGGCCAUUUAAUAUUUGUUUGUACACAUGCAGCUAAAAGUUUAAUGGCCUGCACAUUUGCAUGAGAAAGAUCGAUUCCAGAUAGCUGCAUUUUUACUUGCGAAAUAUUUUAACUAUUCAGUGUUUGAAAUACAAAAUUGGUUCAACAAAAACUAAUAUUUACUAAAAUAGAGACUGAAUACUUAACAAUUAUUCCUGCACUUCAGUUCAUUCUUUCUUGUGUCCUAUUUUAAUUCAGAUAGUAAAUGAUUCUAUUUCAUAAUUUCUAUUAUGUCAUGCUCAUUUAUCACUUGAUAUCUUUCAAUGAUUUCAAUAUGAUGAUUCCUUACCCAUUAUAAGAGCUACUGUUAUAUUGUGCACACAUGUUGGUCUGUUCAGUAGUUUACCAUGUUAGCCAUAGCCUUCAAGAAGUUGUGCCUUUGUAUUAAUCCCUCCAAGAUAUACUUAUAAAACCAACUGUGUUAUUGGAAUGACAAAUGUCGUGGGUUGAGUGUGAAGUCACUGUAUCUUAUAUACAAUUGUUAAGCAGAUAAAACACUUGAACUCCCAACCCUCAGUGUGCUUGACAAUUAGAUUUUUUUUAGGUGACAUAUAUGAGAUAUAUAUUAUAUAUUUUUAAGCAUCUUGUAAAGCUUCACACGGAAAGUUUUGCCACAGAUUUAUGCUUUGUUUGUAUAUUAAAAAUAUUCGUCCAGUAUAAAAUGUACAUUUUGCCUUGUUGUUAAGCCCUUCAAAGGCUACUAUUUACAAUUUUGGCUGUCAAGUCUAUGUUAGCAACCAUCAAUUUGAAAUGACGUUUGUAACAACUGUCAGUGAAAACUGUUUUUGAAUGUUUUGUGCUACAACUAAGUUGUACAUAUUAUGUACAAAGUAUUUCCAAAUUAUGCGUUCUUCAAUAUUUUAUUAAUAUACUAAUGUGCUGUAGACAUGGGUAUCAAACUUAAGUCCUUGAAUGCACACACAUGUUGUGCAAUCAGUACAGUAUGGUUUUACCAGAGACGAUUUUUGCCAUAAAUAUUACUUAGGAAAAAAGUUUUUUAACACGGCUGUUUAUACAUUUGAUGCAGCUGUUUACACAUUUCCUGAUUAUCUUUAUAAAACAUUAUGUCUUGACACAAUCUGUAUUAAAGUUACGGUAUCACCUGUGCAUUAUCUUGUUUUGAAACAUUUACUACUUCUCCUACAUUUUAUUAAGGAAUUAAGCGGAAAUGUCAAUAUUCCUGUAUCUAAGUUAUAAUGGAAAGGGAGACAACCUACCCUCCAAUUGACAGUUUUCACUGAUGGUUCUUCCUAACACAGAAGUUGUUGAAUUGUGUCUUCGAUGCAACUAUUCAUGCAUUUUCAUUUUGUUCAUAACCAGCAGUCACUAUACCCCUGUCCACCUUUUUAUGUUUCUCAUAUUAUCAAAUGAAAUUUUAGACUUGAUAAAUAAACAUAAAAAGAUA